AUGCCGCGCUGCCUCAUGGCCAAGAAGUGGAAGGCGGCCCCGGCUGCGGAGCUGGCCGACGAGUCGGAUGAGGAGAUCGACGUGGUGGGUGAGGGGCGCGGCCGCAGUCCCGCUCCCGCUGCCACCGCGCCGGGGCCUUCGCCGCGUGAUCCAGAACCCACGCUCCUCUACAACGGUUACACCGAGGAGCAGCCUUCCACGCAGUUCACCGCCCAGCUGCCGAGCGAGGUGAGCCCGGCCCCCGCCGGCCCCGGCCCCGCCUCUCAGCCGGCACCUCAGCCUCUCUCCUAUGCUCUUCUGCAACUCUCCGCCUCUGACUCAACCGAAUCGCCCUUCCUCCAUGUGCAGCUCCAGUCUUCGCCUGUCUCCCCUCCCCCGCCACCGGCGAGCGGCAAGUCCAUCUCUAUGUGUUAUACCAGCACCGGUGCUCUUCUCUCUUUGCCGCCGAAAAAGAAGGAUAUUUAUCGCCCCUAUUGCCUUGGUGACCGCGCCGCCCACCUAAAUCGAGCCGAAGAAGAUCUUAAUGCAGCUCACGCUAUCCUCGAUCUAAGUCAGCAUGCUGUCUUCCUGAGCACGCCACGGGCGGAGCCCGCUCCACCCGAACCACCGCCACCACCGCCGCCUCCACCGGAUCCUCCUGUUCAGGAGCAAACAACCGAAAGACCGCGUGAGACUGUCGCCUAUACCUACGAUGCGUUUUUUGUCAGUGAUGGUAGAUCGAAACGUCGCAAUUACGCCAGCGCGCCUGUAGAGAGCGCCGAACAACCUGAAGCCAAAUCUAAGUACACUUGCAGCGAGUGCGGCAAGCGAUAUGCGACAUCAUCAAACUUGUCGCGACAUAAGCAGACGCAUCGUAGUCUCGAUUCAGUGGCAGCCAAACGCUGCGGUGAAUGUGGUAAGGCGUACGUAUCUAUGCCUGCGCUUGCGAUGCAUGUGCUGACUCACCAGCUUUCACACGUAUGCGGCGUUUGCGGUAAGUUAUUCUCGCGGCCAUGGCUGUUGCAAGGUCACCUACGCUCCCACACAGGCGAGAAGCCCUAUGGGUGCGCCCACUGUGGGAAAGCGUUCGCUGACCGCUCCAACUUGCGCGCUCAUAUGCAAACUCACUCAGCCGAUAAGAAUUACGAGUGCUCUAGAUGUCAUAAGACGUUUGCCUUGAAAAGUUACCUUAAUAAACAUCAAGAGUCGGCAUGCGUGCGCGACGAGGACUCGCCGCAACCAGAAGCACCUCCAUCUGCAUCCGGCUAG